AUGGCCCCUCACAAGCCUCGCCUCAUCGACAAGGAGAUAUCCCAGGGAGAGCUGGGGGAAAAACGAGUGAGUGUGCUCUGUCUAGGCAUGUGUCGCACCGGAACGUCUUCUCUCCUGGCGGCCCUGACAGCACUCGACUACACGCCAGUCCACAUGUCAAGCAUCAUAGAAGACUCUCGCCAGAAGAGAUUAUGGAUCGAGGCGAUCGAAAACACAUUCAUCAACAAGGAUACGGGGCGGCCCUACGGCCGAGCCGAGUUCGACGUUCUUCUUCGCGGUUACGACGUGACCCUGGAUGUGCCAUGCGCCAUCUUCGGUGAGCAGCUGAUGGCGGCUUACCCCGAGGCCAAAGUGAUAUUAACCACAAGGCCGGCUGGGAAAUGGAUUACUUCCAUGCAGAAAACCGUCUGGCAGUUUAUAACAUGGCCGUCCUUUCGCAUACUACGCUACCUGGAGCCAGAGUUCAUAGGCACUUUCCAUAGGCUGCUCGAGCUGAUCUUCCUCGUCCACAACGGGAACCACUAUGGCGGAGAGGAGGCAGAGCAAGCGUAUCUUGCCCACAACGACCGGAUCCGCGAGCUCGCGGGGCCUGGAAGGCUCUUGGAGCUGUCACCACCAUUCGAUAUAAAGAAGCUGAGUAGUUUCCUUGGAAAGCCAUGCACGCUCAGCGACUUUCCUCACGUUAACGAUACCAAUGAAUGCAUCGAGUCACUCUACAGGAGGAGGAACCAAUCGUUGGCCCUAGUGAUGAAGCGUCUUGGAAAGAUAGUCCUUAUAUGCCUUCCUCUUGCCUUUCCGCUUGUGUACAAUUAUGCAACCAAGCAGGGAUAA